GUACAAUUGUUUUUGCUGCAAUUCUUUUCACAACUAAUUCUUUCUUUACUUAACAAAUUGUUUAAUUUCUAACAAAUAGUUAUUAUUAAUUAAAUAAAAAUGCAUAAAACUAAAAAGAAAUCAAAAACGGCUAAAUUGCCAAAACCAAUAAAAGUGAAAAAGGAAAAAUCUGAUGAAGAUCGCCUGCCACAGCCCAUGACACACUAUAUAGAUGAUAGGCUAGAAAUGGUAAAGCAAAUUUUUAAUACCCUUAAGCCGAAAACCAUUGUUAAUUUAGCUCCAGACUUUCUAAAGACAAAGGCUUUGGAAGAAAUCGAAGAGGCCUGUUUAAAUGAACUACUUUGCAUAUCAACAAAACGUUUAAAGUCUAUUAUUACUGAAACCAAGUGUCCGACGGAUACAGAAUCGUCAGAUAAUGAUUCUGAUGUAGAAAGACAUGAAGAACAUAUUUCAUUGGAAGAAAUAUCAUCUGAUAGCGAAAUUGAAGGAUCUCAAUCCAAGAAGGUUAAAAAGAAGAAAGUAACUAAAGAUACGAAAGAAACCGAUACUGCCAAAACAGAUGCAACAAAUCCAGAAAAUGCGGGUAUGUAUAAACAAAUUUAAAUAAAUUCAAAUUAUUUGCCAAGGGG